CAUUUCACUUUGAAGCAGAAGGCUGGCCUGAGCAAUCAUGUUCUCUUACUUGCCCUACGUGCUUACAGCAAUAGCUGUUUCGCUAGUGACUUCCCAUGCACGGUGUAAAUGUCCAGGAAUUUCUGGAGUGCUUGGAAGAGAUGGUCUGAAAGGACAGCCGCUUCUAUGGGGCCACCUCUCUCUUCUGGGAGAACAGGGGAAAUGGCCACAAGGUCUACCUUAUUCUCCGAACACCGAACUUUACAAUAUGUUAGUAAAUUUGAAGUACCGACUUUCCAGACUUGAAGGCGUGCUUACUUUGACUGGGAAAAUAAGCGAAGUAGGAGAGAAAAUACUUGCCAGCAACGGGAAGGAAGUCGAUUUUGCAUCUGCACUAGAAUUCUGUGAAAAGGCUGGAGGAACUCUUGCAGCUCCCAGAAAUGAGGAGGAGAAUAAAGCUAUUUUGGGUAUUGUGAAACAGUAUAACCGAUACGCUUACUUGGGCAUUAGAGAGGGUGAGACUUCAGGUCAAUUUAUGUAUAUAGAUGACACUCCUCUGAAUUAUACCAAGUGGCACCCCUAUGAGCCUAACGGCAAAGGGACAGAAAAAUGUGUAGAGAUGUACACGGAUGGGAGCUGGAAUGACAAAAAUUGCAACCUGUAUCGCCUCACAAUCUGUGAAUUUUAAACAAUGGCCUUUCAGUCACCUCAGAGUAUGGAGACAAUGAAAUAUCCCGUUUCUCGGGUUUAUGCAAUUUCUGCAAUCAUUCUAUGUCAGAAAAUCUAAAAUUAAUCAUAGUGCGGUAAUUUUUUUAUCCUUAAGAAAAUGCCAAAUGUGGUAGGUGAUUAAGUUAAUUAAAAUGUGCCAAAUCUGAUGUGUUUAUCUCAUUUGGAGGGUUGGGAAUAAAUCAGAAAUCAUUUUUCAUGGCA